GUGUUUAAUUGUACAAUUCGUGCAAGUGCUAAUUAACACAUAGAAACAAUGUCGAAAAUUCCCAGAAAUUUCAAAUUAUUGGAAGAGUUAGAAAAAGGUGAAAAGGGUUUAGGAGCCGAAUCAAUUUCAUAUGGGUUGACUAAUCAAGAUGAUAUCACCAUGACAUACUGGAACGGUACAAUCUUGGGUCCCCCACAUUCAAGCCAUGAGAAUAGAAUUUAUUCCUUACGUAUUAUUUGUGAUGAAAGUUAUCCUGAUAAGCCUCCGAAAGUUACAUUUGUAUCUAAGAUCAAUUUACCGUGCGUUGAUUCACAAGGUAAUGUAAUUACGGACGAGUUCGAUACCUUAAAGAAUUGGAAAAGAUCAUACACCAUGGAAACUGUGUUACUUGAAUUAAGAAAGAGUAUGGCCCUGCCUGCUAACAAGAAGUUAAGUCAGCCUCCUGAAGGUUCAACCUACUAAUUUGCAUUUGAUUUAACCUUAGUGUUUCUAUAGAGUAUUCAUCUCUACCUGUUUCCCCUCUCAACAAUCUUUUAAUAAAUAUUUAUAUAUAU